CAAAAAAAAAAAAAAAAAAGUAAAAUACAAGCUCAUGCAAAAUAAAGAUAUUCAUUCUUGCUAGUAGUGAGUGUGGCCAACACAACAUGGCAUUGGCAGUAGCUACACGCACUCUAUCUCCCUCCAAAACUCCAACCGCCAUAACCACCAUUUCCGAGUUCCCACAGAAUCCCAAAACCUUAAUUCUUCAACAAUGCAAGACCACCAAAGACCUCAACCAAAUCCACGCCCACCUCCUCAAAACCAGCCUCCUCCACAGCCCCGCCAUCGCCGAAAACGUCCUGGAGUCCGCCGCCAUUCUUCUCCCGGACGCCAUGGACUACGCUCUCUCCAUUUUCCGCCGUAUCGACCGACCCGAUUCCUCAGCUUACAAUGUCAUGAUCAGAGGACUCAUAUACAAGAAGUCCAACCACGAGGCCGUUCUCUUGUUCAAGAACAUGCUCGAAAACUCAGUCCAGCGCGACGAGUUCACGUUUCCGAGCGUCUUGAAAGCUUGCUCUAGACUCGGAGCGUUGAGCGAGGGAGAACAGAUUCAUGCCCAGAUCGUGAAAUACUCGGGGCUCAAGUCAAAUGCGUUUGUUCAAAACACUUUGAUUCAUAUGUAUGCGAGUUGCGGCGAAAUUGAGAUUGCUCGGAAUGUGUUUGAUAAAAUGCCGCGAAGACAUGUUAUGACAUGGAAUUCGAUAUUGACGGGUUACGUGAAGAACGAGCGUUGGGAUGAGGUUGUGAGGCUCUUUCGGGAGAUGCGAGAAUCAAGUUUCGAGUUUGACGAGAUCACGUUGAUUAGUGUUUUGACGGCGUGCGGGAGAGCUGGUGAUUUGGAGUUAGGAGAGUGGAUUGGUGAGUAUGUUGAAGCAAAUGAGUUGAUGAAGAGUAAACUUGCUUUGAUCACUUCUCUGAUUGACAUGUACGGAAAAUGCGGUCAGGUUGACACCGCAAGAAGAUUGUUUGACCAAAUCGAUCGAAGAGAUGUUGUUGCUUGGAGUGCCAUGAUUUCUGGUUAUAGCCACGGGGAUAGGGGAAGGGAAGCACUUGAUUUGUUCAAGGAAAUGCAAGAGGCUAAUGUGGAGCCGAACGAGGUUACCAUGGUUAGCGUGCUUUAUUCCUGUGCUGUCCUUGGAGCUUUUGAAACCGGUAAAUGGGUCCGUUUUUACAUUGAGAAGAACAAAAUGAAACUCACUGUUAUACUUGGAACUGCACUAAUUGAUUUUUAUGCGAAAUGUGGGUCGAUAGAAGGUUCGAUCGAGGUGUUUGAUAAAAUGCCUUAUAGAAAUGUGUUUUCCUGGACGGCACUUAUUCAAGGUCUAGCUAGUAACGGUCAAGGGAAAAAGGCUCUCAAAUACUUCAAACAAAUGCAGGAAAAGAAUGUUGAUCCUAAUGAUGUGACUUUCAUUGGCGUUCUUUCUGCUUGUAGUCAUGCAGGUCUGGUUGAAGAGGGCCGAAAACUUUUCAUCAGCAUGAGUAAUGAUUAUGGCAUUGAACCACGGAUUGAACACUACGGCUGUAUGGUAGAUAUCUUGGGACGGUCGGGUUUGAUUCAAGAGGCGUACGAGUUCAUAAAGAACAUGCCUAUCCGACCAAAUGCUGUCGUUUGGAGGACGUUGUUGGCUUCAUGCAAGGCGCAUAAAAAUGUCAAAAUUGGCGAAGAAUCGCUAAAAAACAUUAUCAGAUUGGAGCCUGCUCAUAGUGGGGAUUACAUACUUCUAUCGAAUCUUUACGCGUCAGUGGGAAGACGUGACGACGCAAUGAGGGUGAGGAACCAAAUGAAAGAGAAAAGGACCAAUAAGACGGCUCCUGGCUGUAGCCUGAUUGAAUUGGAUGCAGUAAUCUAUGAGUUUUUUGCCGAGGACAACAACGGACAUCCACACUCAAAGGAGGUUUACAAUGCAACUGAAGACAUGAUGAGACAGAUCAAGUCAGCUGGCUACGUUCCCAACACGGCGGAUGCUAGACUAGAUGCGGAGGAAGAAGAUAAGGAAGCGUCGGUGUCGCAUCACAGCGAGAAACUCGCCAUUGCUUUCGGUCUGAUCAGAACAUCUCCAGUAACUACAAUUAGAGUAUCCAAGAAUCUUAGAGUGUGCACUGAUUGCCACAACGCAGCAAAACUAAUAUCAAAAGUAUUCAAAAGAGAGAUUGUUUUAAGGGAUAGGAACCGCUUCCAUCAUUUCAAAGAAGGGUCAUGUUCCUGCAAUGACUACUGGUGAAUCUCAAGUAUCUUUAUGUCUUAUAAUUUCGAAAUUAGAGCCUGUAGGAAAUUUCC